CCAGGUAGAACGACUUUGGUUACCUGCAGCAGAGUAUUUAAUAUUGUUAACGUGAUACCUGCGAGUUGAUAUAUAAAUGUACAUCCGUAUAAAUUGACGAUCUGGGUAAAGAGCAAUCAGUUGCAAUAAGUAUCUUAAAAUGAAAGCAAUACUAAAAAGAAUAUGCAUUAUCAUAAUGAUAAUGCCGUUUACAUCUGGCUGUAUGUCUGAAAUGUCAAAAAAAUCACACGUUGAAGACUUCGAAGGCGUGUCUGUCUUGUUUGAGGCUGUCACGGCACCAGGCGGCGAUGGUUUCGCUUCCGAUUGGCGCGUAUUUUCCUUUCCAAGCAACAACGUGCAAGGAUUCUCAAGUGCAAACUGUACGGUCGUAUAUCUUGACCAGUGUAUUUCCUGGAAUAAAUGCCGCCAAACUUGUCAGAAAACAGGUGCGUCCAGCUACAGGUGGUUUCACGACGGUUGCUGCGAAUGUGUGGGCGCGUAUUGCUUGAAUUACGGAAUUAAUGAAAGUAGAUGCAGCCAGUGUCCUGAGCCGGAAUGCAAUGAUGAAGAUUAAUACAUAAAAUAGCU